CUUAAUUGUGCAAAACGAGCCUUAAUUUUUAGUUGCCACAAGUCGAUAAAAUGCCCUCCUAUGAAUUGGCUCUGGUAUUGCGGCAACUGCCUCGGCCGGAAUUGAUCUCGGUGAUAAAGCGAACAGCUGAAGCUAUAUUCGACAAAGGCGGCAUUAUACGCAAACUUGAGAAUCUUGGAACACGCGCCUUGCCACACAAAGUGAGCGAACAUGGAGUCGUCCAUAGGGAGGCGACACAUUUUACCAUUACGUUUGAUACGGCACCCACAAAGAUAUCGGAUCUGAAAGAGGAAUUCGGGCGUGACAUCGAUAUCAUACGCCGUUACAUCUUCCGGGUGGAGGAGCCGGAGGAGCACAAGUGCACGUUGCAUGAGGAAAUGCUGCCACCGGCAUACCGUAAGGAUGUGCAGGAGAUUAUCGAUAUAGCGAAAAGGAAACAGAAGCCCAAAUAUAACUACAAUUCAGGCCUAGAUUAUUAUCCCUUCCAGAAAUAGACUAUAAGAAGAGCAACUAAAUUAUAGCACGCCAGUAAAUUGAAAAGUGCCUGGAUGAA